UUCUUUUAUUUCUUUUGGUAAAUAUAUUCUUUGGAACCAAACAAAAAAUAGUAAACAAAGACAAAACACAUACAAAUUUUCCAGGAAUUCCGACCGAGAAAAAAAGCCAGACAGCUUGGCCUUGCUUUUUUUUUUUUUUUCUCGCCUGCCAAACAAGCUUUCCUUUUCUCUGCUGUUAGGCUUGAGCUUAGAAUUCCCUAUUCUCUCUCUUCGAUUCUGAGGAGACAAACACGAAUUUGCUUACUUCUUCCGAGAGAGAGAGAGAGAGAGAGAGAGAGAUGGUGGUGAGAAAGGUUGGGAAGUACGAAGUGGGGAGGACGAUCGGCGAAGGUAACUUCGCAAAGGUGAAGUUCGCUCAGAACACGGAGAGUGGUGAGAGUGUCGCCAUGAAAGUCCUCGAUCGCAGCACCAUCCUCAAGCACAAGAUGGUUGAUCAGAUCAAAAGGGAGAUAUCUAUAAUGAAGCUUGUCAGACAUCCAAAUGUUGUUCGUCUGUACGAGGUUUUGGCAAGUCGCACAAAGAUCUAUAUAAUCUUGGAAUUUAUUACAGGUGGCGAAUUAUUUGAUAAAAUAGUUCACCAUGGACGACUCAGUGAAAAUGAAUCCAGGAGAUACUUCCAGCAGCUCAUUGAUGGUGUGGAUUAUUGCCACAGUAAGGGAGUCUACCAUAGAGAUCUAAAGCCUGAAAAUCUUUUACUAGAUUCUGAAGGAAAUCUAAAAAUUUCAGAUUUUGGACUUAGUGCCUUGCCAGGAGAAGGAGUCAGCCUCCUUCGAACGACUUGUGGGACUCCUAACUAUGUUGCUCCUGAGGUACUCAGUCACAAGGGUUAUGAUGGUGCUGUUGCUGAUGUUUGGUCCUGUGGGGUCAUUCUGUAUGUUCUGAUGGCAGGAUAUCUCCCAUUUGAUGAAAUUGAUCUCACCACAUUGUAUAGUAAGAUAGAUAAAGCAGAGUUUUCGUGUCCUUCAUUUUUUCCAGUAGGAGCAAAAUCUUUAAUCCAUCGAAUUUUAGAUCCUAAUCCUGAAACUCGUAUUCGAAUUGAGGAGAUUCGGAAUGAUGAGUGGUUUAAUAGGGAUUAUGUUCCCGUCAAACUUAUUGAAUAUGAAGAUGUUAACCUGGACGAUGUGAAUGCUGUUUUUGAUGAUACCGAGGAGAAACAGGCUGAUGAGCAAUAUGGGACUGAGCAUGCAGGUCCUCUGACUCUUAAUGCAUUCGACCUAAUUAUUCUUUCUCAAGGCUUAAACCUUUCAGCACUGUUUGAUCGUCGGAAGGAUUCCAUGAACCAUCAAACACGCUUUGUUUCCCAUAAACCAGCAAAGGUGGUUUUAUCGAGCAUGGAAGUUGUUGCACAAUCAAUGGGUUUUAAGACACACAUUCGUAAUUAUAAGGUAUUUCAAGUUGCUCCUACAUUUGUCAUGGUUGACAUACAGAAAGUUGCCGGAGAUGCUAGUGAAUACCUCAAGUUUUACAAGAAUUUUUGUGACAAUCUUGAGGAUAUCAUCUGGAAACCGCCUAAUGAAAUGUGCAAAUCAAGGAUUACCAAGAAUAAGAACAAAAAGCAUUGAGUUAUUUUCCUGCAACAUUAUCAACUAAAUUACAUGUGUUCUUAAAUGGGGCGAUCUCUUGACACCAGCAGGCGGUAACAACAAUUAGGGUCCCACUAUUUGCAAUCUCCAUCAUAUAUAUACAUAUAUAUAUAUAUAUAGAGAGAGAGAGAGAGAGAGAGAGAGAGAGAUAAUUAGUUUCCAUCAUUUUGCAUACUAGUGUUGUAAAUCUCUAAUUAGGUGGGUUUUAAAAUUCUUAUUUUUUUACCAAUGUAAUGCCAUUUUGUAGUUAGAAAUGUAUGAGCAGACAACCAAGGCUAUUUUUCCAAAUGACUACGAUCAUAUUCUAUUUUGUAUUCUGAAAUGUUUGAGCUGACAAUCCUGACAAGGGUUAUAGUGAAAUGAAUAUUUUAUUUUAAUU